UGUAGCUCGUUAGAAAUCAACCUCGUCUUGAUGCAGAGGGCUUGUUUUAGCUUGCAAACAACUUGUCAGUACCGCUGUCAUCCAGAGCAGCUAACGGUAACUAUGUAUAACGUUAGCUUGUAACGCUGGCUAAUAGGUUUAUAGCCGUAAUGCGAAGCUUUUAAACAGGAAAGUAAAUUGACAACAGUUGUUAUAUUUAAGUCUGCUUGCUGCUGUCACACGAGCAUAGCGAUAUUACCAAAUACCAGGAAACCAACUAACCGCAGCAAGUAAAGUGGCUUUUACGAUUUCUCGCUGAUUAGGAAGGGCACCAUGUGGAAGUCACAUGAACGACAAGGAUGAGGCAUAAACAAGGAGGCAGCCUGAGGAGAGAGCACACUGUCAGUCAUAGGGAGGGGGUUUGCUGCUUGUAAAGGCCCUGCACGAGCAGCCCCCUGUGUCCCCCUCUCCUGAACAUAUGCAAUGAACAGCACUACUGAGCCCCCUGCCAUCAUAGAUGGGGAUGUGGCAGUCAGCUAUGUGUUGGUGCCAUUUUUCCUCAUCACUAUUAUUGGAAUAGCUGCAGCUGUGGUCAUGUAUAUUCGUAAAAAAAGGAGAAUUGACAGACUUCGUCAUCAGCUGUUACCAGUUUACACAUAUGAUCCAUCAGAGGAACUUAAUGAAGCUGAGCAAGAAAUGUUGUGGAGAGAGGAGGACACAAGGAUUGUACAAGGUUGGGCCAAAAGUUAUCAACAGAGGCGCCCUCUUCUGACCAAAGACGUCAAUGCAUGAUGGUAGUAAACCAUGGCAGUGUGGAGAAAACCUUCAGCCACAGAGAUGAGUCAUUCUUCAAGUCAUGCACAAGAUUGUCUUUGUUUGAUUUUUCUUUGCCACCGUUUGCCGAUAUCUUUCCGGUUUCAUGUACAGACGGAGUGACUGUUCAACUGUGUGGUUCCGAUGCCAAUCCUGUGUGCCUAACAGACGCAGUACCAUACAUUUAUUUAUUUGAAAUUAUUUAUUCAAACCUUUUUUUUUUACUGUGGUAUCUCUCUAAAGGUAAAGGUUCCUGUAGGUUUACAUUCAUCAUGUUGUUGUGGGCAACAUGCGGCGAGCAGUAAUGUUCCUGUGGGUUACAGAAGGCAUUUGUACGGACUGUGAAAGGGUUUGUGAUCAUAGGUUGCUGUGUAGAAGUUGUUUGCAGUGCGUUAAAAACAAUUAUGGCUUCUUUGAUGAAAUGCUUUUAGUUUUCAACAGUCACAUUGGUUGACACUAUAGCAUGACUUCAAACAUUCAGUUUUAAACUCAAAGUUUCAUAUUGAUAAAGAUAGAUUUAAGAUAUUUAUGAGAUAGAUUGGCUGUUAAAAUGAGGUUGGGUGAUUUUAUUUCAGUUUCAUUUUGAGUCAACAGGUUGAACGUACACUUUUUGGUUUGAAUUUCCUCUCAGAAUUUACCAAGCCGCCCCACGAUCCGGAUCUUUUAGUGGUUUAGCCAAAUCCUAUGACUCUUAUCAAUGGCAUGAAAAGCCAGAUAUGGAAGGAAAUAACACCGACCUCCUCUCAUCCACAAAAUGAGCUAUGACUAGUGCCCUAAAUAUGUCCUGUCUACAAGGCAUGGCACCAGCACAAAUUUACCUCCAGCUGAAGAUGAAUGCCAUAGGUAUGACUGUAUCAAGCACUCAGGAAACCUUGCUCUCUUUCUUGAUGAAUUGUAAAUUUUCCUGAAUUUUAUUAUGAAUGUAAACUAAACACAAUAGCAUUGUUUAAACUGUUCAAGAGGAACAUGUAUUGGUUGUGAAUAUAAAAUGUCUUGUACAGAUAAUGCCUGGACUUGAUGUCAGGUAUGACAUUUAGGUAUUUCAGAAUGAGAACUUUUUUUUUUUUAAUAUAGUUUCAACCUGAAAACAUCUUUACCCCAGAACAUUUUCCUGUGUGCUCCCUAGUCAUCUUUACAUCUCACUGUUCAUUGUAUAUGCAUUAUAAAGACUUUGUGACAAACCAAUGAAAUAGGGUAGUCACAAUUUAAAGUUGUACAAAUAUCCAAUCAGGAUAUUGAUUUGCACUGGUAAAAUUCAUGGUAAGGUUUUCAUGGCACACUGAUUUCAGGUUGCCCAUGAUAAAAGUCAAAUAACUGAUGUAAAUGUGAACUUGAAGUUUAACCUUCAGACUGUUGUACCAGUUUGUUGCUUUAGGAGGGAAUUGAUUGAGGCUGUUGAUUUAAAACACUGAACAUAAUAAAGUAAUGUAACUUUGUC